AGCCAAAUACAGAAGAUACUCGGUUCUGUUUUUGAGGCGGAGGUUGGCGAUAAGAUCUUCCAUGGGUUUGUUUGUGACGAUGAAUUAAGGAAGAUUUUCAAGAGAAAUCGAGUUUUUUGGAGCGAAUUCGGUUUCUCUUCUUGUGAAGAAAUGAACAAACUCUGUUUGAUGGCCUUUCAUGGAGGCUAUCCUACCCCUGCUCUUGGUUUGCGUGGCUCCGAAAUCAUCAAGAGUAACGGGCCUUAUCUGGUGAACCUCGGGACAAAACAGGAGAUAAUACCAGCAAGGUCUAUCAAUCUGAAGCCAGAUCAAUCGGAACCGUGGAAACCCGCUGGUUCGAUGUGCAAGCUUGGCCAGUUGGUGGAGAUUGAUUCAUCCAUGAUGAGGCCUCUGCUCGUUGAUGUUCAUGAUACCCCAUUGGAGUCCCUGCCUUUUAGCCUCAGGAUCUCUGAGCAGUGUGCAAGGCAAGAACAGGUGACAAAGUUUCUGAUGUUGAGAUCAGAUGAACUCAAAGAGGGUGGUUUCGAUAUGUCUCUGCUAUCCGACUUCAUAGAUCCACAUGCUUUGAAAUCCGGUUCUCACCUGCCAGAGGAAUACUCUGUUCUUUAUCUGAAUCAAAAACAUGGGAAGCCACUUCUAGAUCUUGUUGAGAAAAUUGUGCGUAAUCCAGAAGUUACAGUUCAUCCAGAUGGCCAGGUUCUUGUCUCGGGUAGCAGAGAGGACUUGAAAGAUGUACUCUCUAUUGCUGCUGAGUUCUAUCUGUCGAGGAAUUAUGCGAGAGGGAGAACGCUCUCACCGCUUGUCCCGCAAUUCCCAAGCAGGUUGGAUAGUGAGGUAAUAGCAACUCUGCAGCUAGCUCCGGCUAAGUUGGAAGCAGUGACAAAAGCUCCUCUGAAGAGUCCAGAGAUAACCAAGCUCAAGCCUUCACCCAAGAAACACAACACGAAGAAAGGAGCUAGAGAGAGGGACCUUUACAGGCGAAACCAUCUCCAUGCAUGUGAGAGCCUACUGUCUUUGAUGAUAGGGAACGAUGAACAUAAGAAAACCACGAUACUCUCCUUAAAGAGAUCAUCCAGCACCGAUCUCUCGGAGCUUCUGACACAGUUGUCAAUCGGAAUCUCUGGAACUGGCAUCGCUGUCCUGUUCUCUGUUGUCUGUAGUGUUGCAACCGGGCAUGUGCCUUUUUGUGCAGACAAGUUCUUCAGCACUGGCCUAGGGUUCACCCUGGUAUGGCUGUCAUGGGCGGUGAAUAAACUCAGAGAUACGAUUGUUCAUGUCAACAGGAAAGCAAUGAGGCCGUAUUCCAUUUUGAAAGACCAAGACUUGACGAGCAGAUUGGAGAAGAGCACGAAGGAAGUUUACUCCAGAGCUGCGGCAGUAAUGGCCAUGCUUGUGCUUAGGUUUGCAUGAUGAACAUUCAUGGUUUGGAGAAGUUCAACUCCAUGGGACGCUAGAGAGAUCGUAGAUGCAAAGACUGGAUCAAAAACUUGUUAAUACCGGGCUUGUAAAUGUGAAAUUACUGAGAAAGGUUUGUCAUGGAGCCUAAGAGUUUGAAAUUUUGCAGAAA